AUGGUGUUCGAGACCAGGCACGAUGAAUGCGAGGAAACCCCCUUGCUAGGCCACGACCACGCAUCAGAGUCCCGCCGCUCCACCAAUGCACGAUGGAUCCUCAUCGUCCUAAGCUUGGGCAUCAUCGCAAUAAACUUUGGCUCUAAUCUGGCUAUGGCUCCGCAGAUCCAAAUAUUCGAGUCAAUUAUCUGUCGGAAACUGCACCCGGAAAUCGCAUUUCUUACCACCCAGGAGCAGAUUGAUGCCAGAUGCAAGGCCGCCGAUGUGCAGGGUGAGCUUGCGCUUGUCAAUGGCUGGAAGGAGACGCUCGAUACGCUGCCGGGGAUUUUUCUGGCGCUUCCAUUUGGUCUGAUGGCUGAUCAAGCGGGACGGAAGAUGGUGCUAAGGUUGAGUUUGCUUGGCUUGAUUACGGAAGAGGUGAUGGUGCGGAUAAUCGUGUGGUUCAUGUCGGUAUUUCAGCUCUGCGGUGGUGGCGCCCAGAUUGCCAGGUCUAUGCUUUUCACGAUGAUCACCGAUGUGUUUCCGGUGGAGAAACGGGCGAAUAUCUUCUCUGUCAUUUAUGCGUCAGCACAGGUAGCCGAGAUUGUCGCAAGCCCGCUCAGCGCCUGGCUCAUGUCCUGGACGCCCUGGCUCCCGUACUUCCUGGCAGUACUUUUCAUGCUAUGUGGUCUGUGUGCUUCCCUAUGUGUGCCGGAAACGCUUCCCAAGUUGAGCAAACUGAGCGAGACGGGCAGCGAAGACGACGAGGCGGACGAUGACGCUCCACGGACGGUCCGUCAACGUCUUCAAGUUGUCUGGAGUCACGCCAGGCACCAAAUCAUGCAUCACGGCCGGUUCAUCUUCGCCCAACGCAACAUUGUUUGUAUCUCCCUCGCCCUGCUGACGGCCAAUGUGGCUAUCCAGUCGCUCCUGAUCAUGCUACAGUAUGUCUCAAAACGCUUCUCAUGGUCCAUGGCAAAGGCAAGCUUUCUCGUCUCCUUGAAAGGAAUCAUGAAUUUUACCGCCCUACUCCUCAUCCUUCCCGCGCUCUCCAAAACCCUAGACAGAUUCCUCCCCCCUAUACGCCGAGACCUGCGCAUCUCCCUCGGCAGCGUCCUCACAAUCGCGGCGGGGUACGUCCUCAUGGCACUAGCCGCCAGCCCUACAGUCUUCGCUGUAGGUCUAUCGAUCUCCUCGCUGGGAGUGGGUUUCUUCCCGGCUCUACGCAGCGUUGCUACGGCAUUGGUGGAUGAGGCCGAGAUAGGUCUGUUGGGGACGACAAUUGCCUUGAUGGAGGGUCUUGGUGCGAUCAUCGCGGGGCCGAUGAUGGCAGGCACGUUCAAGUUCAAUACUGGCAUGCACAGCGAGAUGAAUAUGUCCGAAACAUCGCAGGCAGAGAUCCAGCCAUGUCACGGAGCCUCCGUCCCGGACGUGGUCGCUAUCGGAGAAGAACAAGAGUCUCUGGCGAAGUGGAAGGAACGAUGUGGCAUUAAGACAGAGAAUCAGAUCAGACUGGUGAAGUUGGCGCAUAUGCGCUAUCAACAUCCUGAUCUUGAUGCGAUUACUGUCUUCCUCCAAGAUUUUGGUAUGAAAGUUGUCAAAAGGACAGAUGAGGAAGUGUGGUACCGAGGGUACGGGACGGAUCAGUAUGUUUACUAUGCUCGCAAAGGGGCAGAGAAAGAGUUUCUCGGAGGGACGUUUGAGGUGGAAUCGUAUCAAGAUUUGCAAAGGGCGGCCAAUCUGCCCACAGGCAGCGCUAUCCAAGAAUUGAAAGACGCACCCGGAGGAGGCUUCAUGGUCACCGUUAAAGAUCCAGAAGGUUUCCCGAUCAAUCUCAUCUACGGUCAGUCACCGGCAGCACCAGGUGAAUAUCCUUCCAAGCUUGUGGUCAACUACGAGUCAGACAAGCCUCGCAUCCGUCACUUCCAGCGCUUCGUUUCCGGCCCUGCAGCCGUCCACAAGCUGGGUCACUUCGGCCUGUGCGUCCAAAAAUUCCAGGAAAUGGUCACCUUUUAUACAACAACCUUCAACCUUGUGCCGAGCGACUUCCUCUAUGUUGGGAAAGACGGGAAGAAGAAGAAUGUUGCUCUCUUCGCGCACAUCGAUCGCGGCGCAGACUAUGUCGACCACCACAGUUUCUUCAUGAGCACGAAUCCCACCUCGCAUAUACAUCAUUGCUCAUUUGAAGAGCAUGACUUUGACACGCAGAACCUGGGACAUCAGUGGCUGGCGAAGAAGGGUUAUGAGCCUGUUUGGGGCGUGGGACGACACAUUCUCGGCUCGCAGCUGUUUGAUUACUGGUGGGAUACCACCGGGUACAUGAUUGAGCAUUAUGCAGAUGGGGACUUGGUGAGUGAGGAGACGCCCAUUGGGUAUGGGCCUGCGGGUGAUGAAUCGUUGGCUGUUUGGGGGCCGGAGGUACCCAAGUGGUUUUUGGACUAG